AUGGCAUGUAACCCCUUUCCGUACAAAGGGGAAAUUGACCCGAUAGCUUGUCAAAGAUGGAUUUCAAGCACCGAGGCAGUGUUUGUACGAAGUAGAUGUGAAGUGGAGGAUCAAGUGGUGUUUGCUACAGGCCUCCUACAACUCCAAGCAAAGGAUUGGUGGGACGCACAUUCGAAGGAAUUGGGGGAUGACAAAGUACAAAUGUUAACAUGGCAAGAGUUCAAGGAACCAUUUCUGAAAUAUCAUAGGCCACAAUCCGCACUUGAUAAGAUUCAAGAAGACUUCUUACGUCUUCGACAAAAGGAUGAAACGAUCGACGAAAUAACGAAUAAGUUCCUCGAGAAGGUGAAAUUCUGUGGGGAGAUAGCGGGAACUGAAAGGUUGAAAAUCAUACGUUAUCAUGCUAUGUUAAAGGCUGAAUAUCGGGAGUUUGUAAAUCCCUCCAAGUGUGCAACGUUGAAUGAAUUAAUUGACUGGGCAAGAGAUAGGGAGAUCGAGUUAAGAAGGCAAGUUGAACGGGGAGAGAAAAGGGUGGCGGAGAAGCCCACCAACACAAACCCAACGAAAAAGGCAAAAUAUCAAGAUCAAAACAGGAAAGGGAAGACAAAUAGUGGGAUUCCGACUUGCAAGACAUGUGGGAAGCAUCAUUCGGGUGAAUGUUUGUUGGGAAAGAAAGGAUGCUAUAAAUGUGGGCAAGAGGGACAUCCGUAUUAUAGGUGCCCCGAAAACUCAAAAGCGUGUUACAAUUGUAACCAAACGGGGCACAUUAAAGCGGAAUGUCCGAAACUCCAACAAGGGGCAAAGAAAGAUGGAAAGAAGGAUGAGUCUUCUAAGGCUCGUGGGAGGAUGUUCCAGUUAACCUCGGAUGAAGCUAAGACUAGCCCGGAUGUGGUCUCAGGUAUAUUCUUGGUUAAUUCUAUGCCUAUGAAUGUAUUAUUUGAUUCCAGGGCUAGUAGAUCGUUUAUUUCUAAUGAAUUGUUAGUUCAUCCAUCGUUUAAGCUUGAAAAGAUGUUAGUGCCCCUAGAAGUGGAAGUUGCUGAUAGUAAAAGCUAUUUGUUACAUGAUAUUUGUAGAAACUGUAAGAUCUUAAUCGAAGAUGAGGAAUUUAAUAUAGAUCUUGUCCCGAUGUACAUGGGGGAAUUUAAAGUAGUUGUAGGAAUGGAUUGGCUGGCCCAAAACCAUGCUGAAAUUCAAUGUGAAAAGAAAUACGGGGGUAAGGCGUAUCUAUCUUACGUGAUUGACACUAAUCGAGGUGUCCCAAAGCUUGAAGAUGUGAAAGUAGUGAACGAAUAUCCGGAUGUGUUUCCGGAAGAUUUACCGGGGCUUCCGCCCGAACGGGAAGUAGAAUUCAAAAUAGAGCUUAACCCAGAUGCAAAACCGAAAGAUCUUAAUAUAAGGCAACGAAGAUUGUUGGAACUCAUUAAGGAUUAUGAUUGUGACAUUCAUUACCAUCCUGGGAAGGCUAAUGUUGUGGCGGACGCUCUAAGUCGAAAGGAGUACCCGCCCCCGAUUCGGGUAAAAUCUAUGAAGAUGGUAGUCACACCUAAACUCCUUUGUGAAAUCCGAGAAGCUCAAACAAAAUCUUUAAAUGCUGGCGACCCAAAGAAAGAGAGGACGAAAGGAUUUAUUCAUGAAUUGGAAGAGAAUGCAAAUGGUAUGAAAACGAGGUAUGACCGAAUUUGGAUACCUCGGGAAUGUGAUGUGAAAGAAUUACUAUUGAAUGAAGCUCACAAUUCUCGGUACUCCGUUCAUCCGGGAGCUACAAAGAUGAAUCGAGACUUGAGGAUGAAUUAUUGGUGGCCGGGAAUGAAAAGAGACAUUGUCAAGUAUGUUGCUUAG